AUGGAGCGCCUCAAAAUACCCCUGGGCACCCUUUUGGAUGCUGUUCCCCCGAUCCGGGACAUGCAGGACAAGCUACGCGAGACGGUCGUGGCACCGCUGCAAGACAAUAUCGGAGACAUGGUCAACAAGCUCGCCGACCUUGCACUCACGACGGGCAGCAACAUUGCUGCUGUUUCGUCUUCCUCCUCGACGACUAGAAUUCCUCCCUUUGACCCAGAUAACCCCUCUCUCGACCCCCACGCCAACAGCGCCUGCGUCCCCGAGGCCAGGGCCUUGCUGGUCAAGCUCCGCGCCGAGAUGGGUCGAAACAUGCCCCUGGACAAACAGGACAAGACGCAAGACCCGCAGAAUCCCGCGAACCGGGCGGGAAAACUGGCCGACUUUGGCCCCGUGCUGGCCCGGGUGGACUGGGCGGCUGUCGCGGCCGUGGCCGAGGAUGUGGCGUGGCGCGCGGGCCUGGCGUCCAAAUACCGCGGACCCGUCCACGUCCACGUCGGCGAGCCGCGGUUCGGGACCAUGAGUGUGGGAUUUCCUCUAAUCUGGCAAGGAUCAUCAUCGUCGUCUUCUGGUGCUGGUGCUGGUGCGAACAGCAGCAAAUAUGGACGGAAAAGUAGCAACAGAAAAGACGGUGAUGCCAAAAAGUGGUUCAUCAAGAUCCCCAUCAACGGGACCCCCAAUGCCUGGCACUCCAGUGACGAGCGCGCUCUGGCAAGCGAGGUCGGAACGAUGCGGUGGCUACGACGCGAGCUGGGGGUACACACGAACCUCAACAUCCCCCGGGUGUACCACUGGGACGGUAGCGCCGGGGAGACGAGCAGGGACGGGACGAGAAACCGCAUCCGUGUGCCGUACAUGAUGAUGCAGUACGUCGAUGGUAUCUCGGCGCACGACGCCUGGUUCACGCGCUGGGGACCAACGGGGUGGUGGCGGCCCGAGGCCGAGGAGCUGCGGCGCGGGAUCCUGUCCAACGUCGCGGCCGCCAUGAGCGAGUUGCGGCGCUUUGAAUUCGAGUCCGGGGGCGCGCCGCGAUACCAGUUUGUCCGGGAUGCCAGAGGCCGCGAGACGGAGGAGCUGCUCGGCGUGGGCCCGCUGAGGAUCUUGGAUAUCGAGGCCAUGCUCGACAGAUGGCUGUGUCACUUGAGUCCAGAAGAAAAGCUCGAGUGCAAGAGAACGCCCAUUUAUCGGGAGCUAGGCCCCUGGAAGGGAAAAGACGCCGUCAAGAACUAUUAUACAAGUAGGAUAGACUGCCACAAUGUCAGAGAGAACUCGGAUUUUGGUAGCACAAUGCUGUUGGAGAGUUAUUUCAAAUGGUGGCAUGAGAGCGAUACGGCUCUGGGAGUUGGGUAUGACGACGAAAGUGACGAGGAGGACGAGGAGGAGCUGGCGAUUCAAAGAUGGAAUAAAGGCGAAAAGAAACCUUUUGUGCUAACCCAUCACGAUCUGAACCUCCACAACAUCAUCAUCGACCAACAAGGCAAGUUGUGGUUCAUUGGGUGGUCAGGCGUCGCAUGCGUCCCAAGGGCAAUCGGCAACGAAGCACUACCCUUGUGGUUGGUCCGUGACUGGAACCCUUUUGUCUAUCGCUGGCGUGACAUGGACUGGCCCUGGAGAUACCGGCACUGCCCUUGGAGAGUUCCCGUGACCGAAGACAAUAGCACCGAAGAGGCGACCUGGAGGUUGAGUGGGUGGAGGCAAUAUUACGCCGAGUGUAUGAAUGAGGCCAAGAAGGCCUGGAGAGAUGUCGAAAAGGACGCGAAUGAGAGAAGAGAGUCGCGGGAGCAAGAGUCGAGGCCACGGGCCAGAAGAAAGGAAGCAGAAGAAUCGGAGUUUGACCGGGCAGAGCUCUCUAGUCCAAAAGGAGAGGAAGAACGUCGAGGACGACCACGGUAUAGAUUCGGCGAAGAACCUCCUGAAAAGAGCAAGACGCCACCACCAGGCCAUCAAGGCGUCCGCCAUGUCUCUUUCGCAUCAGAUACGAAGCCUGCACCCGGGGAUCGUAGGCCGUCCUCCAAGUCGUCCCCCUCUUCCACUAAUAUCAAGUCAUGCCCUCGUCUUAACCGAACCCUUUUAUCAGCUCUGCCAUUGUCGCUUUCCGCUGCAGCCAACGACCCACGGUCGCGUCCAUUCAUCUUGCAGGAGCUAUAUCAUCGUGCAGUCCCUUCAGUCCCGCGCUGGGAUAAUUUUGCAGUUUCCCGACUGCGCCACCUAGCAGGGGAAUGCCAUGAAAACGUCCCCAGCCCGUUUGAAAUUGAGAGCAGAGAGUUAUUCUAUCGCACGUUGCUCGACUGUGCCGGCGUUGCUCGGGGCCGUCAUCGACCCUGGGCAGCACGGUUAGGCGACUACAAUGAUUAG